AUGCCCCCACUGUCCGACGACCUUUGUGAACACACAAGGCCAGGGAGUCUACAUGAAAACCAACCACAGCACGGCAAACAUGUUCCAAGGCCAGCGACUGCAGCGGAUGCUGGGAGACGAUGCGAAAGGGGAUGUCCUGCCGUGGAGCGCGCCGGACCUGGGCGCUGUUAUCACGUGAAGAUCGAUGGCAUCANAGGGAGGGCGUUCGUCCUCCAGCCGAAGCGUCUCCCCGACAUCGACCUGGAACCUGACGCCUUCACGCGUACUGAACCUAAGUCGGCUCGUCGUGACGCCCACGUGCUCCAGCAGCUGCAUAUCCUCAACGAGGACCGCCAAACCCUCUGGCAGGCCGAGCACCUCACACCUCUGCAGUACCUGGAGACCCACAUGAAUGUCCCUCGCCCCAACAUCUGCAAGUGGGUCAAGGAGGAGUACGAGAUCGUGGCGGGCGUCGCAGACGAAGUGAAGCAGACGCUACUCGCGAAACAGAGCAAGGGCGGACGGAGAUUGUUCGUCACCAAGAGGCACACCAUAAAGAAGUCCGGGACGUUUUUUUUUUUGACGACUACCUCAAUCUUAUCUUCGCCUUCCCGCACAACCGUUCGCGUCUACGACUUCAGCGGCUUGUCGGAGCGGCAGAAGGUCAUGGCCGUCCAGGCAGAAGGGGCGUUCGUGGACGUCCAUUUCGUCCCGCAGACAACAGGUGGAGGGAGCAACCUCGUAUGCACGGCGCUGUGGUUGGCCCUCAAACGACUGUCUGAAAUGUGGAAUAAGCCUGGCGAGCGGUUCCACAUCAAGCGUCUCCACCUCCAGCUAGAUAACUGCGUCGGCGAAAACAAGAACAACAUCGUCAUGGCCUUCAUUGGCGGAUUGGUCGCCGCCGGGGUGAUCGGUUCUGCAGAGGUCUGCUUCCUGAUCGUAGGACACACGCACACCAAAACCGACCAAGUGUUUUCUCGGUUGUCCGUGGGUACCCUCGGUCGAAGCAUCUUCACGAGGAUUCAACUUGGUGAGCUAUUCCGGGAGUCCUACAGGGAGCUUCCGGUGCGGAUCGGGACUCCGACCAACCUCGGCAACUUCAAGGGGCUCUACCUCGCCGACAUCAAGCUCAACCUUCGGAAGAUCCGGAACAUGACCACGUUUCGGGCCUUCCGAGUGGGGAAGAUAGCCGGGGAGGUUUCCGUGUGGGUCGACCGCUUCAUGCACAGCGAUGCGUGGCUUGGUCUGACAGCGACCGGCGGGGCCCAGGUCGACGCCAACCCACACCGUCUCUUCCGGUUCGCUGCGCCGACGUUCAACAACGUUCCUCCUUUUAAGCUCAAGACGGUCGACCCCACCGUGAUCGCCCUCAUCGAGAAGCGCUACAUCGCGACGCGGCCCCGCCUAGAGGCUGCUUACGCACUAGAUAAGGGCGUCGGCGACAUCGCAUUCUUCAACGCAGAGGAAGCUCCGUUUGUGCUGGGGGAGGUGCUGAGCAUAGAUGCAGACGCCUCGCCGGUGAACGUCAACAUUCACUGGUAUGGGCCUAUCAACAAUACCGUUAGGGCGGGAGCGGGCAGCGCGACUGUCGAGGACUAUGCCGUGGCGCGUUUCAGCAAGGAUUUCAUCCUAACGAGCGGCGCGAAGCUCAGAACGCAGGAUGCCAGCGACAAGCCUAUCACAUGCAUUAUCGCAUGUUGCAGUUCGCUAGCUUCAACGGGCAACAUCCCGGCGAGAAAUAUAAAAGUGCUGAUGGAGACUUGCCGGUCUGCACCUUCGUCGUCCUCGAAGAGCGAAGCAAGUGACUCGGACGAAGACUGGUCUGAAGAGUUGGCUGAGGAAGCGGACUCUGAGGAAAACGAGUCCGAUGACGACGGCUAUGGUUCAGAGUAGUAUUGACGGCUAGCAGGGAAUAGAUUGAUGUCGAGA